UGAACCAAUGCUUCCGAUGAGAAAUUUGUUAUCAAAAUGGAAGGUUGUAGUGCGGCUCCGAAAAAGAUUUCUUUAAAUAUAAGAGGUUCUGGAAAAAAAUCAGCAUUUAACAAGGAUUUGGUGCAACAUGAUACGGAAGUUAAGGAAGAGACAGAUUAUGUUACGGAAGUUACUGGCAACCGAAUUAAAGGUACGCGAAAAAUUGAAAAAAAGAAAGAACUCAUAGUUCCAGCAUUGGUAAACGAAAGUUUAAUUCAGAGAAAAAAUCGGCUUAAAUAUGGUGCGUAUAUAGAUCGGGAAGUUAAGCAAGAAAUAAAGGAAGAGCUGUUAAAUAAUGAAGAUGUGACGCCGGAAACCGUCAGCAAAGCCAGUUCGGUUAUUUCUGAUCAUGCUGAAAAUCAGCCGGAUACUUCGCUUGAAAAUCCAAUCGACCCCUCAUAUGAAGAAAUGCCUAUCGAAGAGUUUGGGAUGGCUCUUUUACGUGGCAUGGGUAAGAAAUCCAAAGGAGGCCACGAUGGAAGAUCUUCAGUGGCUGUACAACCAAUUGAAGUAAAGAUCCGCCCGAAAGGUUUGGGACUGGGUGCGGAGCAGCUACUUAGAAGUGCCCAAGAACAGCAAGAGUAUGAAAAUAAAAAAAAGGGUAACCAGAAAGAGAAACUCAUUGUGAAAAGCGGCGCUUUUGUUAAAAUUAUCGAAGGGACAUACAAAGGAAAAUAUGGACAGGUCCUAGGCAUCGACGAAGAUGCUGCCAGAGUUUAUAUCAGUUUAGCAUUAACAAAGGACAAGGUUGCUUGUAAUGAAGCUCUAGUUAUUGCUGUAGGCAAGCAGGAAUACAACGACUUUGGAAAAUGUCUGAACAGAGACCGCUAUGAUGACUAUAAGCGAAAGCAUGAAGGCUAUCAAGGAAGCCGACAAUCGGAAACGAUUGAUCUAACUGCAGGAUUUCAAGAUGAUAGGUCGAGAAUGGGGCAUGGCGAGAAUGGCAAAAAAAGUAAGAAAACUAAGGUGGACAAUAAACGGCCAUUUAUCGGUUACUGGCUCCAAUCACAAUUACGUGUGAGAGUCGUCGAUGAUAAUUGGAAGGAUGGACGGUUUGCUAACGAAAAAGUGGUUAUCGAAGACGUGGUCAGCCGCGAUGUGUGCUUCUGUCGAACUGACAACGGUCGGCUCCUGGAGGAUGUGCACAUGGACAUGUUAGAGACAGUUCUACCAAGAUCGACGGUACAAGCCACUGUCCCUGUCAUGGUCGUGGCGGGAAAAUACAAAGGUCAAGUGGGACAUAUCGUGGAGCGGGACAAAAAAGCAUGCGUCGCCUAUGUUCAAUUCGUUCACGACAAGAAAGUGUAUAAAUUAGACUUUGAUUAUAUCUGUGAAUACGUAGGUCAAGUUUCUUAUUGAUAUGUGAGGAAUACUAAUUUGAUAUUCUGCAAAACUGUAACGUGUAAAUGGGGUGGACGCGAGAAGCCGGUGCAAUUACAUUGGCUAAAAACUCAUCCCUAAUAUAAUUGAAUGACUCAUGUGCCAACCAAACAAUUCAUUAUAAAUAUUCUUCAUAUGCGAUUACAUGAUUUAUAAAUAGCGUUCCUGUAUAUAUGUAAACACUAAAUUAUAUAACACAAUUCUGUUUAUGUAUAUAAGUGAUCCUUUUUCUAGAUGACUAGCACAUAGUAACUAGGCAUGCGACACUUUUUUUUUUUUGAUUACAUGAUAUAUUUCUAAAUUAUAUAAAUGCAUCUUAAAUACACAAAUCAGAUGAAAAUUCAACCACUAAUCAGUAUAGAUAUCUCUUCGAAGGAUUUUUAAGUUAUUGCAGUUUUUUCUAUCCAAGAGAAGGUGUUUUUAGUCAUUCGUCCGAAAAUCAAGUGCGCCCUCGAAAUUUUGCGUAUUUAAUUUAUAUAUGGUCGAAUAAUAAUAAAAUAAUAAUAAUAAUAACCUGUA